CUGUUUUUCUUUCUUUUUUUCUUUCUUCCUUUUUUUCAAUCCCCCCUUCCCGAUAAUGAAUUCAUGGCAUUUACUUUCGAAAUGUUUCCAAUUCAGUGUCUUUUCCUCUGCACAGCCAUUUUUACUCCUUUUUACUCCAGCGUUAUGGCAAGCUAUAUUCCUGUACGAUUAGCGUACAAUGUUAUUGAGCCUGUGGGUGGUAUUACAGGGAAAUCACCUAUUAUUUUCUUACACGGUGUUACAGAGUCAAAAGAAUAUUGGGCUGAUGUUCCUCAAGUUGUUGCAAAUGCUACUAGAAGAAAGGUCUAUGUUCUGGAUGCUCGAAACCACUGGGACAGCGAUUGGUCGAAUGAAUUCACUUUCGAUCUCAAUUCGGAUGACUUGGUGGAUUUUAUGGAUAAGAUGAAUAUUCCCAAAGCUAUUUUAAUCGGCCAUAGCAUGGGUGGAAUGAGUGCAAUCAGAACAUCACUUAAGAAGCCAGAGAAGGUUGAGAUGGCUAUUGUGAAAGAUAUGUACGUAAGGAAACUGCCCAAGAAUGUUCUAAAUGAGCUUGUCGACUACACAAUUUUAUUACAGGAAGCUGUUGAUCAUAUGCCAUAUAAUCUUGACAAGGAAGCAGCGCAGAAAUUCAUCCAGAAUUAUUUAAUUAGUCGACUACCGAAAGACUAUCCAGCAUUAGAGAAGAUAAAAGCUAAUAGCCGGCUGGCUGGUGACCUGAAACUCAACCCAGAUGGUCGCUAUCGUGUCAAAUCUAACCUAAAAAUAUUGGAGAAAGCAAUGAGAAAUGCUGAUACGGUGAUGGAAGAUCCUAGUGGUCUUUAUCAUGGACCAGCCUGCUUUAUUUAUGGCGCAUUAUCACCUUUUUUAGUAGGAGCAGAUAAGCAUCACAUAAAGCAGUUUUUUCUAAAAGUUGAAUUUGUCGAAAUAGAAGAUGCUACCCAUGAUGUGCACAUAGAUCAACCUCUUCAUUUUACAGAUGCAGUCCUGAAAUUUAUUUUCCAGAACGAAAUUUUAUCUUAAUAUUGUACACAAUUUAACACAGAAAAAAGCCUGAACAUUUCUUGCUUUUUAAAUAUGGAGCAAUAAAAUUACUAAAAUAUUU